CGCGGUAACUUUGGGAAAUGGACGGAUUUCGGUGGCUACCUGCGUUUCACCGUUCUUCUUUUCCUGGUGGUUGCUGCAGUCACUCUUCUGUUCUCUCAUGUCACUAUUUACAUCGAGUUUCUCGGGUUUGCUGCUCUAUUUACAGAGGCGAUGCUUGGCGUCCCUCAACUUGUAAAAAAUCAUCAAAGCAGAUCUACUCACGGCGUGAGGUGGGUUUGAGUCCUCCUUUAUAA